AUGAGCUCCCGUAUGCCAAAGAGGAAGACGCCGGACAGAUCGUGUUUUCUUUGUCAAAAGGAACACCUUGAAUGUGAUGAACAGACACCAUGCGGUAACUGUGCUCUAAAAGGAACUCCUCAAAUGUGUUUCUACACUGAAAGAUUGAAAUCUACUUCUUCUUCUUCCUCUUCAUCUCCUAGUACAUCUCUUUCAGCACCACCAGUUGCAUUUCCUUCGAUAAACAACAACAACAACUCUACGUCAUCAUCAUCUUCUACAACCACCAAAGUAGCAAGACAAUCUCAUAAUACUCAUACUAGUAGUACUGUUGGUAAUAACCCAUUCUUGAAUAAUAAUAAUAAUAAUAGUAGUAUUGGUCAUAAAACAUCAUUUACAUCUCCACAGCAACAACCACAAUCACAACAAAUAGGACAACAACAACAACAACAACAACCACAACAACCAUUUAAAUUUACAAGUAGUACAGAUUUAAUUAAACAUCAAAAUAAUAACAAUUUAUUUAAUAAUUAUGGAUCGGAUGCAUUUUCUUUUUUGGUAAAUGAAUUAAGAGAUAUUAAAGAAGGACAAAGAAAGAUAUUUGAUGAGCUGUCAUCACUCAAAGAAAAGAAUGAGAAAUUAGAGGUAAUCAACGAAUCGUUGGUAUCCAAACUUAGUUUGUUGACGCUGGCUCAACCCAACAAUUUGCCGGCAGACUUGUACAAUGUCGAUCCUACACCAACCAAUCCAACAUCUUCACCAUUUAUUGACAAUGCCCUAUCGUAUCCAAGAAGCAUAAAGGAUAUGGUCGAUUAUUACAACUCUACUCAAAAUAUAUUUAUUAUUUUUGAUCUCUCCAAAAACCCUCCAACUGUUGUAAAUGCUUCUAAAAAUUUCUGUAAAUUAUUAGGUUAUGGUUUGAAUGAAAUCAUUGGAGUUCCAUGGACUCAAAUUAUACAUCCAAAUUUAAUUGAAAAUACCAUGAAUAUAUUUAAUCAAAGAAACCAUGGUAAUAUUGUUGAAAUGACACAAUUGUAUAAACAAAGAAAUGGAUCAGUAUUCAGUACAUUGGAUACACAUACUUUUAUUUUCGAUUCAGAAGGUAGACCAAUAUGCGAUGUUGUAGCAAUUAGAUUGAUGAGCCCGGAUAUUGUACCAAAAGAAUUCUUUACACAUGGGGGAGGCGGUCUCCCCGUCAAUAGAUUUAGAUUGACUCAUUCUAGUAAUGACACUAAUACUAGUAAUAAUAAUAUUAAUAAUAAUAAUAAUAGUAAUAAUCAUAAUAUAAAUACAAAGAAUACAAUCAUUACUUCAAUGGAUGAUUCAACUCCACCAACUACUCCUAUAAAUGGUAAUAUUCAUCAAAAUAAUAAUAACGGAACCAAUUUUAAUAAUACUAGUAAUAAUAAUAAUAAUAAUAAUAAUCAAUAUAAUACAUUUGCAUUCCCACAUCAUCAAUAUCAAGGCGCUAGGAUUGAAGAAGCACCUCCAACACCCACCACUACAAAUACGCCAUCUAGUAUGUUGAAUGAUUCAAGUGCAAGUACAAGUACCACUAGUACGAGUGCAUAUAAUAGAGUAACACCAAUUAUUUCAGAUUUACCAUCCACUCCUCCUCAACAUCCAUCCACCAACAACACCAACACCUCCACCUCUACAGCACCAAAUUCAACCAUUUCAGUCAACCCAUAUAAUCUACCAAAUAAUAUCUCCAACAACAAUAAUAACAACAACAAUAAUAAUAAUAAUAACAAUAAUAAUAAUAAUAAUAAUAAUAACAAUACUGGUAUGACUACAGAUUAUCAACAUACCAAUAAUUAUCCAGACUUUACAAUUGACAGUGACAAUCUUGCUAAUUUAAAUAGUUGGGAUACAAACAUGGACAUUUUAAAUUAUUGGGAUCCAAAUGCACCUUCCUCUCAUCUUUGGAAUACAAGUCAUAAUGGUUUAAAUUCAAAUAUAUUAUCACCAGAUCAACAACAACAACAACAUAAUCCAAAUAAUAAUAAUAAUAAUAACAAUAAUAACAUGAAUCAUGGUGAAUAA